CUGAAGACAGGCCCAACAGCUAACAUCUUCGUAGGUACUGUGGGCAAUCAAUACAUUGGUAUCGAAGGUGCUUCUGUAGGUAUUCUUACCAACUUCUGUGGUUUUUCCAAGGAGCGCACGUUUGCUCAUGGUAUAUCUCGACUAUCCAUUCCAGGUGGCAAAAAGACCACCGUAGCCUGGAUAUAUCGGUAUAUGCUCGCAGGUGAGCGGAAUCCAAAGGAUCUUGUCCCAUUUGAAGAACUCGCCCUUUUAGAGUUGAUACUACUUCAUCACCAUUGCGUUCAUCUGCAAUACGACAAUCUGAAGAUCAAGACGGAGGGGCGUAUUAGAUACAAACUUCGUCACAUGGUCCCGGGUGUAAUCACGAUUAGCAAUAUCGCAACCUCUAUUCCGCCUGCGCUUGAUGUAGCUGCUAAUUCCAUCGCUCGACUGAUGGGUCAACCCCUGGCCUUCGACUACACCCCAUACAUGGAAUUUGCAAAAAGCAAUGAAGAAUUCAGGAGUCUCCUAGAGAUGUCUAUCCGGCACAUUCUUCAAGAUCGCACUAGCUUUUCACGAAAGUACUACGGUCGGCGUCAUCCGACUCCCGAGGUCGUCUGGGCUAUUCGUUAUUACAGCUGUGGACCUUCUCCCAGGGUCACCCCAAAGACUCCU